CAUUUAUAAUUUAAGUGAUUUUGAAUAAAAAUCCAUUUCUCUGGCUUUUCUUUUAAAAUGAGGAGAUCUGGCAACCAGGGACUCUACAUUUCAGGAGAAGAGCAUGUGACUGGGGCCCCCUUGGGACAGAAUACAUCUCUCUACCGGAUUAGAUCCCCACCUGGUCAUUCAGCUAAACUGCAUAGCCCCUGGAAGCCUAUGCAUCUGUGACCCUGUGGAUAGAGGCUGUCUGCUUCCAGAGCAGGAGAAAGGGAAAUGGAUUUUUAGGGACAGAGAACAGCACUAUGGGAAAGGCCAUGUUUAAAGGAGGUCCAAAUAUUUGACUGACGGUCAUUUGUAUGACCUGUACAAACUUGCACUGCCUUUAGCCCCCAGAGAAAAGACUUGCCAUCCUGAUAGUCAGUGACAGCUGCAGUCUGACAAGUGGCAGGAACAUGAAAACAGCUGCAAGCCAUGCCCAAGCCUGCACUCACCACAUCCUGCUGAUAGGAGGGAGCUGGUGCUGGCCCUCCCGUCCCUCUCCUCUCACAGGGCUGGCAGUAGCUUGUGGUGACUGCAGGAAUUUAGAAAGUCCCUUAGCUGGGUCAGAAAUGUAGCGCUUCUCCUGAGGCCAAAGGCAUCUUCACCAUCUUCUUUAUCCCAUGUGUCAGGGGAUCUUAUGCAAUAUGGAACCCUGCUCACCCAAGCUUACUGCACCCUGCUCUUGGAGGCCUCCCUUUGGAGAAUUCCUAACACGACUCUACCUGCCAACCUCCCAGGCUAACCUAUCAACCACAAUUUCCUCUGUGUAGCCAACCCCACAGAAAUGAGCCUCCUCAUUUUAAAGGGCUCAUACAAUUAGAAGUUCUGCUCCAUUCCAGCUAAGAUUCCAGUGAAAAGAAACAUUCUGCUCCCAAAUGUUUCAACAAUAGCAUGUACCAAAGAACAGUAUGUUCCCUAUAUACCCCGAGUGAGUAAGCCCCAACAGGCUCAAAGAAAGACCAGAUAAUUCUCCAUGCCUUAAGCCAACAAGGGUUACAUAGACCAGGAGCUAGAGCAUGACAAUGGCAGAGGAAUAAUUACCAAACCUUGCGUUCGCUCGGGGUGGCCAACCCAUAGCCAAAAACGUGCCAGAACUCCUACAUCCCUGCCAUAUUUGAAAAAGAAUAUAGUAUCAAAAAGUGUUAAAAAUGUCUUUGUGGAGUGUCCUCGGGGCGUAGGGGCCGACCGCACGCAGUCGCGCAGCGCUGCCUCCGCCUGCCAGUCUCGCCCGCGAUCCCGGCCCGGGGCUGUGGCGUCGACUCCGACCCAGGCAGCCAGCAGCCCGCGCGGGAGCCGGACCGCCGCUGGAGGAGCUCGGACGGCAUGCUGAGCCCCCUCCUUUGCUGAAGCCCGAGUCCAGAGAAGCCCGGGCAAACAGAGGCUAAGGAGACCAAAGCGGCGAAGUCGCGAGACAGCGGACAAGCAGCGGAGGAGGAGGAGGAGGUGAACCCAGAGAGGGGCAGCAAAAGAAGCGGUGGUGAUGGGCGUCGUGGCCAUGGCGGCGGCUAUCGCCAGCUCGCUCAUCCGUCAGAAGAGGCAAGCCUGCGAGCGCGAGAAAUCCAACGCCUGCAAGUGCAGCCCCAGCAAAGGCAAGACCAGCUGCGACAAAAACAAGUUAAAUGUCUUUUCCCGGGUCAAACUCUUCGGCUCCAAAAAGAGGCCCCGAAGAAGACCAGAGCCUCAGCUUAAGGGUAUCGUUACCAAGCUAUACAGCCGACAAGGCUACCACUUGCAGCUGCAGGCGGAUGGAACCAUUGAUGGCACCAAAGAUGAGGACAGCACUUACACUCUGUUUAACCUCAUCCCUGUGGGUCUGCGAGUGGUGGCUAUCCAAGGAGUUCAAACCAAGCUGUACUUGGCAAUGAACAGUGAGGGAUACUUGUACACUUCGGAACUUUUCACACCUGAGUGCAAAUUCAAAGAAUCAGUGUUUGAAAAUUAUUAUGUGACAUAUUCAUCAAUGAUAUACCGUCAGCAGCAGUCAGGCCGAGGGUGGUAUCUGGGUCUGAACAAAGAAGGAGAGAUCAUGAAAGGCAACCAUGUGAAGAAGAACAAGCCUGCAGCUCAUUUUCUGCCCAAACCACUAAAAGUGGCCAUGUACAAGGAGCCAUCACUGCACGACCUCACGGAGUUCUCCCGAUCUGGAAGCGGGACCCCAACCAAGAGCAGAAGUGUCUCUGGCGUGCUGAACGGAGGCAAAUCCAUGAGCCACAAUGAAUCAACGUAGCCAGUGAAGGCAAAAGAAGGGCUCUGUAACAGAACCUUACCUCCAGGUGCUGUUGAAUUCUUCUAGCAGUCCUUCGCCCAAAAGUUCAAAUUUGUCAGUGACAUUUACCAAACAAACAGGCAGAGUUCACUAUUCUAUCUGCCAUUAGACCUUCUUAUCAUCCAUACUAAAGCCCCAUUAUUUAGAUUGAGCUUGUGCAAAAGAAUGCCAAGCAUUUCAGUGAACUAAAUCUGGGAGAAGGACCGCCAAAUUUUCUCAUGAUCUCACCUGUACUUUGGAGAUGAUAAUCCAAAAAGAUUUCACAGCACUAAAGCUGAUCAAAAUUUGCUCUCCCACCAAGAAAAUUUCAAAGACCACAAUUGUUCUUCAAAAACAAACAAAACAAAACAUAACAAAAUUAACUGCUUAAAUAUUUUGUCGGGGCAAACAAAAUUAUGUGAAUUGUGUUGUUUUCUUGGCUUGAUGUUUUCUAUCUACGCUUGAUUCACAUGUACUCUUUUCUUUGGCAUAGUGCAACUUUAUGAUUUCUGAAAUUCAAUGGUUCUAUUGACUUUUUGCGUCACUUAAUCCAAAUCAACCAAAUUCAGGGUUGAAUCUGAAUUGCCUUCUCAGGUUCAAGGUAACAGUGUUCUUGUGAUUUUACCAAUUUUUUUUUUCUUUUUUUUUUAGAUUUGUAGUAUUCUGGUCAAGUUAUCAUGCUGUACUUUGUGUGUAGAAAUUGAGUUGUAUUGUCAACCCCAGUCAGUAAAGAUAUCUUCAAAAAAUUAUCCUCAAGUGUAGAUUUCUCUUAAUUCCAUUUGUGUAUCAUGUUAAACUAUUGUUGUGGCUUCUUGUGUAAAGACAGGAACUGCGGAACUGUGAUGUUGUCUUUUGUGUUGUUAAAACAAGAAAUGUCUUACCUGUAUAUGUAUGAGUCCUCCGGUCAUUGUAUUUGGCAUAUGAAUAUUGUGUGCAAGGAAUUGUUAAGACUGGUUUUCCCUCAACAACAUAUAUUAUACUUGCUACUGGAAAAGUGUUUAAGAUUUAGCUAGGUUUCCAUUUAGAUCUUCAUAUCUGUUGCAUGGAAGAAAGUUGGGUUCUUGGCAUCGAGUUGCAUGAUAUGUAAGAUUUGUGCAUUAAUAAUUGUUAAAAAUCUGUGUUCCAAAAGUGGACAUAGCAUGUACAGGCAGUUUUCUGUCCUGUGCACAAAAAGUUUAAAAAAGUUGUUUAAUAUUUGUUGUUGUAUACCCAAAUACGCACCGAAUAAACUCUUUAUAUUCAUUCAAAAAAAAAAU